AUGUUAGGCCACCAAUUUCAAAACGCCGACAAGUCGCAACAACUGGUCAACUAUGUGGAGGAUUAUCUGGAAUGUGUGGAGUCCCUGCCUUUGGACAUACAAAGAAAUGUUUCACUGCUUCGUGAGAUUGAUGCCAAAUACCAAGACGUGCUGAAACAGGUGGAUGAAGUGUUUGAGAAGUACAAAGGGGAGCAGGAUGCAGCACAAAGGAAACGUUUGCAGAUCCAACUCCAACACGCCCUCAUCCUCAGCCAGGAGCUGGGCGACGAGAAGAUCCACGUGGUGACCCAGAUGACAGAGCUGGUGGAGAACCGCUCCCGCCAGAUGGACUCCCACUCCCUCUGUCUGCAGGAUCCUGGCACCAACGAAGCCGAGAGGGUCCCUGUGGAGAGGCGAUCGAGUGUCCAAGAGGCCCCAGCUCCAGAACGCAGCUCGGCACGUCGCCCUCGAAGACAGAGAAACAGCGAGAGCCGAGACUCCAGCCACCCCUCGGCUAACGGCUCUCUGGUGGAUGACCCGCUGGAGGAGCUGCCCAUCCCGCCCCAGAGAGAGAAGAAACCAAAGUCCGCCAAAAAGAAGAAGCGAAAGGCGAAACAGGAACGUGAAUCUUCCCCGGUGGACUUUGCCAUAGACCCCAACGAGCCCACCUACUGUCUGUGCGAGCAAGUGUCCUACGGGGAAAUGAUCGGCUGCGAUAACGACCAGUGUCCAAUCGAAUGGUUUCACUUCACGUGUGUGGGACUAACGUACAAGCCCAAGGGCAAGUGGUACUGCCCCAAAUGCAGAGGGGACAAUGAAAAGACCAUGGACAAAAGCUUAGACAAAAACAGAAAAGAUCGCCGCUCCAGGUAG